AUGUCCGCGCCUGCGCCCGCCUCCGCCGCCGCCGCCGCGGCUCCGGCCCGCAAGGUCAAGUUUGUGGCGUCGGAUCCGACCCGCGGCGGCCUGCCCGUGAAGCGCAAGCAGGUCCAGCAGGCGUGCGCCUCGUGUCGUCGCAAAAAGAGGCGCUGCAUCCACGCCGAGGGCGCCGUCGUCGAUGAGUCGGUCGUCGCCCACGAGGACCAGCAUCGCGGGGGCCACGACUCAUCUCCGUCUCAUUCCUCGCCCGCCACCGCGCCGUCCGUCCCGACGCCCCGGGUGCGCGCCGCGAACCUGCAUGCCUCCGGUGACGAUGCCGCCGCCGCCGCGCCGCCGCCGGGCUCGCUCACGUAUGGCGACGUCGCCGCCGCGUCCAGGCCCCAGCAGCCCGCUCGCAACGGCGACUCGACGACGCCGCAGUCGUCCCGCUUCGUCGGCGACCUCAACCCCGAGGGCAUGUUCCUCGAGGCCACGGCGUCCACCUCGGCCGCCCAGCAGUCGCAAAAGGGCGACGUCGGCAUCUGGCUCUCGUCGGCCGCCAUGGGCAUCACCGGCCAGCCGUCCCAGUUCAUCACGUCGCGCCCGCCCGCCGUCAUGGACCGCUUCCUGCUGCCCUUUGUCCGCGAGCACUGCCUCUCCAGCCUGCCGCCCGAGGACGACUUUUUGCGCUUCCGGGACGUGUUUGUGCAGAAAAUCCACCCCAUCUUCCCCGUCGUGCCGGAAGCCGUGCUCAACGGGCGCUUCAAGAACCCCUGCCACAUUGUGCUGCGGCAGCUCAUCUGUCUGGCCGCCGGCGCCGACCCCGAAAUGUCCCAACACCUCCACCUCCAGAACAAGGGCUCCACGCUCCUCUCGCCGCAGGAGUUCUCCCAGUCCAUAUCCUCGGCGGUCCGAGCCAUCCUCGAGACCAGCAUCAUCACCGACCGGGUCCUGCACAUCCAGGCCCUCAUCAUGUUGUCGCUGUAUACGCAGCCGACGUGCCCCGAAGAGGCCGACCUGCCCGCGCAGCUCGGCGGCCGCGCCAUCCACCACAUCCAAACCUUGGGCCUGCACCUCCUCCGGUACGACGCGCCCAACUGCGACGACCUCAACAACCUCUUUUGCGCCGUGUGGGCGCUGGACCGCAUCAACGCCGCAGUCUACGGCCGCCCGUGCCUCAUCCACGAGCGCGACAUUGGUGCGGACCUGGAGGCGUGCAUCCGGAAGCGCCCGCCCUGUUUCCGGCUGUUCCUGUCUGUCGUGCAGUGGCUGGACCAGGUCGUCGAGCUGUACCGCCCGGGGCCCAGCGCAGAGGCCUCGGGUCUGGAAAAGAUUGCGUACAUUGACCUGCCCGUCUUGGAGGCCAUGAUUGUGAAUGCCGACGCACUCAAAGUGCCGUCUCCUCUGAUCGCAACCAUCGAAACAUUCUACCACGCCGUCAUCAUCCUGUCGUGUCGCCUCCCCCGGCCGGGAACGGUCCCCGCCGCGUCGACGCUGCCCCCGCCGUCGGCAAACGCGCGCCGCUCGCUCGCCGCCGAGCGCAUCGCAUGUGCCGUGCCGCGGGACCACCUCAGCCCCAUGCCCUUUGUCCCGUACGCCGUGUCGCUCGCGCUGAGCGUCGAGUACCGCAAGAUGCGCCACAGCCGGCUGCCCAUGUUCCGCGCCCGGUCGAUGAACGCCUUUCGGCGGAACUGCGAGAUGCUGCGCCAGUUUGGCAACCAUUUCUGGAGCGCCAACGUCGUCGCCGGGCUCGGCGAGCGCGUCCUCAAAGAGAUGGAGCGGGCGGCGACGACCCUGACGAGGGAGGCGAGCCCGUUGCCCGAUGCGGGAACCAAGACGCCGUCGCAGGGACCGGAGAAUGAGUCGAAUCGCCAGCCUGGCAUGGUCAUGGGUGGCAGCCUCGCCGCCAUGAACUCUGCGGUUGCCAUGGACAAUACGGUCGAUUUUUCCCUCAUCGACGCGAUAUCGGGGCAGGACGUGUUUGGGCACAUUGACCCCAACUUUAACCUCGACGCCGUCGAGGACGCACUCGAGGCCAAUCUCGACAUUGGGCUGCCUCUGAACUGGGGCGACUGGGGGCAGUUUGCGACUUGA